UAUAUAACUCGAGCUGCGGGAAAACAUACAUGCCAGCCAUGAAUCACACGCGACGACUGAUCAUUUUCAAUGACAACACGAAGUCGAUCCCAAUACACGCUAAUCUGGGACUCGCUCAGCAAUUCCAUCGUCAGCUGCCCGGAUACACCAGCACGCCGCUGAUUCCUCUAGAGGAUGUCGCAAGCAAGUUAGGCGUCAAAUCUAUCUUUGUCAAAGAUGAGAGCAGUCGACUUGGGCUUCCGGCAUUCAAAAUACUAGGUGCAUCAUGGGGUUCAUGCCGUGCGAUCAUAGCCAAGUCAGGAAUCGCCGAAGACUCUUCUCUCCAAGACAUCGCUCAUGCAGCUCGUCAAAUGUCAACUACACUCAUUACAGCCAGCGCAGGAAACCAUGGCAGAGCAUUGGCAGCGAUGGCGCGGAUUCUCGAAGUACCUGCGCAGAUCUUUGUGCCGCGCACCGUCAGCGAACAAGCGAUUCAGCUGAUCUCCUCGGAAGGGGCCCAGGUUACUGUGUCCGAUCAGGACUAUGACGGAGCGAUAAAAGAGGCAUGGGAUGAAGCCAAGGCUAUAGAAGGUGGUUUGUUCAUCCAAGAUACAGCAUUUGACAACUACUCAGAGAUCCCUCAAUGGAUCGUGGAAGGAUAUUCUACCCUGCUUGCGGAAGUUGAGGAGCAACUUCAAAAUGAUAACCUCAAAGCGAAUCUUAUUGUGACCCCUGUUGGUGUAGGUUCUUUGGCGCACGCAGUCGUCCGUCAUUGUAAAUCCAACAACCGGCAAUGUGCAGUUAUGACCGUGGAACCCGACACAGCUCCUUGUCUGUAUCAUAGUUUGAAAGCUGGAAAGCUAGUAUCAGUGAGCACUUCGAAGACGAUUAUGGAAGGGAUGAAUUGUGGAACAGUGUCAAGCACCGCGUUUAAUGAUUUGCAGUCGGGCGUGGACGCGAGCAUGACCAUUUCGGAUUUCGAAUCGUAUCAAGCUACCAAGUACCUUGCAGAGCGAUCCGUCAGCAGUGGUCCAUGUGGAGGUGCGGCUUUUGCCGCCCUACGGCGUCUUGCAGACACUCCCUCACGCCCUUCUUGGCUUAAUGAAGAUGCCGUAGUCGUGAUUCUGAGUACUGAAGGCCAGCGCCAUCACGAUAUCCCACUGGACACCUCUAUCAGCGACCCUGAUCUUUUGCAAGCUCCCGGAGUAGGAGAAGAAGCGGUGUGGCGUUAG